GCCCUGGUUUGCUCAAACUGUCAUCUGAUUUCUGAAACUGACUUUCUACUCCCACUUCAAUUGACUUUGAACCAGCCAUUCGGGAAAAUCUGCCAGACCAGUCAGAACAUCCGCUCAGAUUCUUUCUCCUGGCACCUCUGCCCCUCCACCAGCGUUCCGUCACCCCGCUCCAACUGCUCCCCGACUUUCCGAUUUACGGCUGACCGUCGACAAUGCCCAGCGUCGUAGAAGAUGAGACGGCCUCGCCCGGCCGCCUGCUUUUGAUCUCCAACAGAUUGCCCAUUACGAUCCAGCGGUCCGAAGAUGGCAAUUACAGCUUCUCCAUGUCCUCUGGAGGGCUGGUGACGGGCUUGAGCGGCCUGUCCAAGACCACCAGCUUCCAAUGGUAUGGCUGGCCUGGCCUGGAGGUUCCCGAUGCUGAGGCGGGGCCCUUGAUACAGCGGCUGCAGGACGAGUACAAUGCCCAUCCCGUCUUUGUCGACGACGAGCUGGCCGACCGCCACUACAAUGGAUUUGCGAACUCGAUCCUCUGGCCGCUUUUCCACUACCACCCCGGUGAGAUCACCUUCGACGAGUCCGCCUGGACGGCCUACCGAGACGUGAACCGGCUGUUCGCCAAGACAGUCGUCAAGGACGUGCAGGAUGGCGACCUGAUCUGGGUGCACGACUACCACUUGAUGUUGCUGCCCGAGAUGCUGCGAGAAGAGAUUGGCGACAGCAAGAAGAACGUCAAGAUUGGAUUCUUCCUGCACACUCCCUUCCCGAGCAGCGAGAUCUACAGGAUCCUGCCUGUCCGAGAGGCAUUGCUUCUAGGCGUGCUCCAUUGUGAUCUUAUCGGCUUCCACACCUACGACUACGCCAGGCACUUCUUGAGCAGCUGCUCUCGCAUCCUUUCAACCCCGACGACACCCAACGGUGUCGACUUCAACGGCAAGUUCGUCACGGUCGGGGCGUUCCCAAUAGGCAUUGACCCGGAGAAAUUCGUCGAGGGAUUGCAGAAACCGUCGGUGCAGGCGCGCAUCGCGGCGCUGACGCGCAAAUUCCAGGGGGUCAAGCUUAUCGUGGGCGUGGACCGGCUGGACUACAUCAAGGGCGUGCCGCAGAAGCUGCACGCGCUCGAGGUAUUCCUGACGGAGCACCCGGAGUGGAUCGGCAAGAUCGUGCUCGUGCAGGUGGCGGUGCCCAGCCGGCAGGACGUGGAGGAGUACCAGAACCUGCGGGCCAUGGUCAACGAGCUGGUCGGGCGCAUCAAUGGCAAGUUCGGCACUAUCGAGUUCAUGCCGAUCCACUUCCUGCACCAAUCGGUGUCGUUCGACGAGUUAACGGCUCUCUACGCCGUCAGCGACGUGUGCCUCGUCUCGAGCACCCGCGACGGCAUGAACCUGGUUUCGUACGAGUACAUCGCCACCCAGCGCGACCGCCACGGCGUCAUGAUCCUGUCCGAGUUCACCGGUGCUGCCCAGAGCCUCAACGGCAGCCUCAUCGUCAACCCCUGGAACACCGAGGAGCUGGCCAACGCCAUCCACGACGCCGUCACCAUGGGCGCCGAGCAGCGCGAGGCAAACUUCAAGAAGCUCGAGCGCUACGUCUUCAAGUACACCAGCGCCUGGUGGGGCCAGAGCUUCGUCGCGGAGCUCACCCGCAUUAGCGCCGCCACCGAGUCGGCCGCCCAGGGGAAGACGAAGAAGGCACUGCCGUCGUCGUCGUCCAAGGAGCCUGCGCUGGCGGGCGCCGAGACGACUGCCUGAGAGAAUUGGCAUCUUCUUCCCUCGCGGCCCCGGAUAACGUUUCUUGGUCGAGGUUUAACAUUUCCUGUGCCCACCCGGGGUGGAACAAUCAAUCCUAACGGGAAGUAUCUCUGCAAUCGCGUUUGCGACGGGAAAGCCAUGACAGGGUCUGUUUUAUAGCGGUAUUACACACACACGCACACACACACACACACACACACAC